UACUAUAGUGUACAUACAUUCACUUGCGUAAAAUAGACACACACACACACACACACACACACACACACACACUUAGUUUGCUUAUCAACAAAACAUUAAAACAGCAUUCCAUACAUGUAGUCUACAUAAUGUUACGAAUGUGUGUGUAUGUGCAUAUGUGUGUUUGCGUGGGCUGGCUUUGUGAGUGUUAGUGCGCGGCGUGAGUGAGCAGUCUGCAAGAGAGCACAUGCAAGGCAAGACUGGGAGAUGCACGCUCUGUUAUUAAGACGUGCUGUUUGCUGCUGUGGUCUGUUGUGCCCGCCCCUGGGAACGCCUGUGGAGUGCCUGAGUGCCCUAUGUGUGUGUGUGGAGGCUGCCCUGUGAUGCACUGUGAACUGAGGACUCAGUAAAGGACGUGAAUAAGCUCUGUCCGGCUGUGCCCGCCACCCACCCGCCAUUGUGUGCCUUAUGCUGAUGUGCUUCUGUGUGCUCCGGACCCUGACAGUGAAGCUGACGCAGCCAGUGAAAGCGGACAACAAUGGGUGGAGAAGGUAACAGUGGUGUCAGGAGUGGGAUUUAGUGUCCUGUGUUUUACCGUACUUGUGGUUGCUUGUGACUGGUUAGUGUGAUGGAGCAUGCUGAGGCUAAUGGCGGUAGUGGUGAGGCUGAGCCGGGUGAGAGGAAGCUCGACCGGCUCGAGCUGAUAACGUCUAUGCUAGCGUCUAUGAAGGCAAAACAGUCAGAACACACACAGCAGUUGAUGGAGGUGCUGCAGUCUAGCCUGGGCUCAUUGAGAGCGGAGGCGCAGGAUUACACCGAUCGUUCCUGCAAAAGUGUGCGAGGUGAACUGGAGCAGAAUCUGUAGGCAGUGAAGAGUGACCUGCAGACGGUGAAGGGCGAGCUGGAGAAGGAACUGCAGUCGCUGCGGGAUGAAGUGAGAGACAUAAGGAGUGAAGCAGUUUGGCGCCAACCGGAUAUGGCAGGGUGCCCAUGGCCAGACAAGGGGUGUUUUGGGAGUGUCGCUUCUGCCCCUCUUGGUGCCGUGGGCGGGGACUGGGGCCUUGUUGGAGCAUCGUGCCCGUAGAAGGCUCCUGGAGGCCCUCCAGCGGCCUCACGGCCUCUGGGAAAUGCAGGUUUGUUGGCGUCAAGUUUCCCACCAUCUUCCCUUGCUUCCCCGUCCGGCAUGGCGCUCGCGCUGUCUUUGUCACCUCCACCCUCACCGCCUCGCUCACCUUUCCUCCGCUUCAAGUCUCGCAAGCCUGCCGAGUACGAUGGUAAGGUAGCCUGGGAGUCCUAUGCUGCCCAGUUUGAUCUGCUGGCGGCUGCACAGGGCUGGGACCAGGCUGAGAAGGCCUUGCAGCUGGCCACAGCUCUCAGCGGUCCAGCGAUCGAGGUUUUUGGCCACCUUCCGCCAAUGCAGCGUGCCUCCUUCCCUGACAUUGCUGAGGCACUGCGUCGUCGCUUCGGGCACCGCCACCAGGCUGAGGUGUAUCGUGCCCAGCUGAAGAAGAGGACGAGGCAGAGGGGCGAGACGCUGUCGCAGCUGGCCCACGACGUAGAGGCACUGGUGAGAAGGGCGUACCCAAUAGCCAUUGAGGAAAUGGUCACCGUGUUGGCGCGUGAUGCCUUCCUGGAUGCCUUGGUGGACCACCAGCUGCAGAUUUAUGUGAGGCAGGCACACCCAGCUGACAUGCAAGUGGCUUUGGCUCGUGCAAUGGAAUUUGAGGCCUUCAUGCAGACCGCGAGCUCCCUGUCUACCUUCGCUCGGCCCCGCAGUGACGUGAGAGGACGCAAGGCUCAAGUGAAGAGCCCGGGAGCGUUCGGCGGGUGGUGCUGGCGAUGCGGUGAGAUGGGGCACGUGAGGGCCCGGUGCCCGAGGGACCGAAGGCCGCGCUCUCUCGACUGGCCUGAUCGUGUCGCCUUUCAGCCCUGCUGCGAGGACUGCGGCGGGGCUGGACACCGCUCCAGCACUUGCCCCAGCCCGAAGGAGGUAGUAUCAGCGGGAAACGACUACAGGCUGAAGGCAGGGUCUGCCUCUCAGUUGGCCAAAACUCCAGUGCCCCGGCUUGUGUGAAGUGUCACUACACCGUUG